AUGUUGACACAGAGCCAAGCUGGAACAAAAGCGAAGGCGAAGAAAGUGACCGCAAAAUCGCGCAAGUCUUCCGAUUGGGGCUGCGAAGGAAACGAGAAAGAGUCAUAUUUUCGGAAACUCGGAAUCGACGCAGUCAAGAAGGACUGGAGGUCGAUGAAGGCGCCGCCGCCGUUCCAUUUCGCCUGCAUGGUCAUGAACGAACAUCCAUAUCUUGAAGGCCGAGGACCGGAAGCGACAGCCAGACAAUGGCGCUGCAGCAAGGCUAGCAAGCUCAAGUUCAAAAUUAAUAACGACAUUCGGGGCUCAUCGACGCCGUCAAUGAUGGCUCGACAAGCGCGUUCAUGUGAGAGUGGUUCACCACGAAGCCUUUCGUGGAUACCGAUAAAGCACGAUUUGAUCGGCUCCUACCGUGGCCCUCGCGGCUUAUUGCUGCUCAUCCUUCGGUGCUCCUGGACAUUUGACUCCUCCCCGACUCGCGCCGAUGUCGUGAAGGCGAAAUUCGGCUGCCCUGAAGAGGACAUGCAGUGUGCCGCCCUGGAGGACAACGUGAAGGAGUUCGGGCUCACAUAUUUUGGUAUGACGGAUAAGCGACAAGCAUCGUUCAUGUCAUCACCUUCACGCUCCCUGGUAUAA